UACGAUCCGCUGAAGUUGAAGAAAAGUUUGACAAGCCCAAGAUCCCCGAGAAACAAGAGAGCUGCCAAACUAAAGACCCAGCAAAGGAGAAACAUCAUCGAUACUAUCGGCUCUUUAUUUCCGGACACACGAUGGAAUCCGUCGCCCAGAAAGUCAUGUCUUCCGGAUUCACUCUUGAUUUUGGACCUCUGAAAGAGCCGCUGGCUUUCAUACGUGUGCUGGAGUGGGUGUUCUCCAUAUUUGCCUUUGCUACGACCGGAGGUUACAGCGGCACAACCAGCAUCAACGUCCAGUGCCAAGGGAGUACCAACCAAGAAGUACACGCAGAGUUUAACUACCCAUUCAGGUUGAUGCAGCAUCCUUAUUACGUUUUUGAUUGCAGUACCAAUAAAACAUCUAUGUUCUUCCUGACUGGAGACCACACAUCCUCGGCACAGUUUUACGUCUGCAUCGGAGUAUUGGCCUUCCUCUACAGCACUGCCACACUAGUCUUCUACUUGGGCUACCAGCACGUAUACAGAGAAUCUAGUCGUGGCCCCACUUUGGACCUGCUGGUGACUGCAGCCUUGGCCUUCAUGUGGCUUGCAUCAUCCUCUGCUUGGGCUAAAGGCUUGUCUGAUGUGAAGUGGGCCACCAGUCCUACAACCGUUAUUUCUCAGCUUACGUUUUGCAUGGCUGUCAACAAGUGCAGCCAAGGUGCCACACCUCACAUGGGCCGACUAAACGCCUCUGUGAUUUUUGGGUUUCUUAACCUCAUCCUGUGGGGCGGGAACUGCUGGUUCAUUUACAAGGAAACACCUUUCCACAAAUCAGCCAAUCAGCCUGCAGAUGUGGAGGGGGGUGUCAGGCCAUCGUAACCACACAGCUUCCUCAUUUCACAAUUUUCUAACAUGUAGCGUUAUUAAAUGAGUCAUUUUGGUACUAAUUGUUAAAAAAAUAACGCAGAUUACAAGAUACACAUAUUCAGAACAGACUGAUCCUUUUUUGCUACGUAUUAAUUUUAUAUUUAGGAUUUGAACUUUUUGUAGUUAAAUCAAUACAGGAAAUUUUUGCAGUCAAAUGUUUUUCAAAUAGAUGGUUGUUUUUCCUGUUUUAAAGGUUCUGUUGUAACUUAAAGAAAAUUCUUAUCGUUACUGAACCCUCUCUGUGAGGGCAUUAAGUAAACUGCAGUCAGCCUCCUGUUACUCACACUUCCAUGAGCACAAGACUAACACUGAUUGACCAUCAUCAUAUUGACGGAAGCCUGUAAGAUAAUUUCAGUCACACAUAGAAUAAUAUCAAUAUCUGCAAUCCUUCCAUAUUUCAUUUGGACGAUUGGCUCCAUGAUACUAAGUGGCUUUUGCAGUUUACAUUACCAGCUCAUGUUACAAGUAACCAUGUAGAAUAGCUAACAUUAGCUGGCUAACAUUAGCUCAGACUGUGGUUAACUCAUUGGCUGCUGCUGCAUCACUUUUGGCUCGUAGAAACCACUUUGUACCGUUAUAUCAUUUAUUGUUGGCUAAAUAAGCACCAGUUGUCAUAUUACAUAAGUUGGUAUCGUGUAUCACGUUAGCUGGGGAGGUAAUUUGGCAAGCUAGCCAACCAACAGAUCCACCCAGAUCGUAUUUUGCUAGUAAUAAUGUUAGCGAUCAAGCAAGCUAAGGUAGCCAGCUAGCCGUAAGCCCAAGUAAGCUGCGCUUUAUUGAUCCGGUGUUAGUUGCUGUGUGUAACUUAGCUGAUAAAAGUCAUUUGCAAAUGGUAGGGUUUCAUAUAAAACAAUUAUACCCAGGUAUCGAAAACAAAGUGUCCCUUAUAUCUCAGAUAGUACUGAAGAUUGAGCCAUUGCUUUUGGCUAGUAGAAAGCACUUUGUACCAUUAUAUGAUUUAAUGAUGGCUAAAUUAGCACCAGUUGUCAUAAGACACAAGUCGGUAUCAUGCAUCACGUUAGCUGGGGAGGUAAUUUGGUAAGCUAGCCAACCAACAAAUCCACUUUUGCUAGUGAUAACAUUAGCGAGCAAGCAAGCUAAGGUAGCCAGCUAGCUGCCAAAGGGGAACUGCCCAUUGGUUCGACAGCCCAUUGGUUCGACAUCCCAUUGUUCCGACCAUAUUAAACUCAUUGUUCCGAAGUCCGUUCCGAAAUCAUCAUGAUGCCCUGUGGUUAAGGUCUG